UCAAAUAAAUAUUUUAAUUGAAAAUGGACCCUAAAGAAGUGUAUGGGAAUUCUUUCACAACAAGAGCUCAACCCAGGAGGAGGAUAUUUUCGUUCAAACGAAAAGAAGGGCUUCCAAUACUCAAUAAAAGUGUGAUAAAUCUUGUGAAAAUACGAAAAGGUAAAACACCUGAUAAGUACCAAUCCAACAGAAGAAUUCAACAUGUAGACUCAAACCCUCGUUAUAAACAAGUGUCUCUAAAUCAAUCCCUUGACACUAGACGUCCAAAACAGACCCUAUCAGAAAUCCCUUCCAAAAUCCAAAUAAACCAUCUCACCAUACCAAAACACCCACUCAACAUCCCCACAUCAACCAACCCCACUCGCUCCAAUCUCCAAAAACUCAUCUCCUUCUACUCUCACAAGAUCAAAACCGAGCGUAAACAAGCAGCCAAGGCUCAAAAACACAUCUCUAAAAUCCUCCAUAAAGCUGAUUACUCCACUUCUACUGAAGUAAUGAAGUCCAUGGCUGAAGUAAUAUAUUAUAACAGAGCUGUCCUGAGGAAGAAGAUACUUGACUUACCGAGGUCAGCAAGGAGAUGACAGGGAGGACAGCAGUUGGAUGAGGAUUAUAAGAGUGUGAAGAAGGUUUUUGAGAGUGUGCCCCAGAAGAAAUUGGGGGAGGGGAAGAGAUGCCAAGUUAUAAACAGCGUCAAAAGAAUAGAUGAAUAUCGAUCAAGACUAUCAAAAUCAGUCGAAGGAAUCCCAAAACCCCAAAACUCCGCAACUCCAAGAAGGAACAUCCAACCCUCUUCAAGCUACUUUGGUCCAACCUAAGUCUCC